CCCGUUGACGUCGCAAUAACCCGUAGCAGGUAACUACCUCGCGGUGAGGUGAACGAACUAAUUACAGAAGAAGAAAACAAUGGGAACAAGGGAAGUGUACGAACAGAAGCUAAGAAGCGGGAAUUUGGAUCACGACCCUACCAUUAACCCUGGCCUCGGCUCUCCUCGCUGCCCUCGCUGCCUCUCUCUUUUAAUCCCUAAUUCUGUUCGUGGAGAAUGGACCAUGACUCCUGUUUUGCACGACGCCACUGCUGUGGCUGGCUCUGGUAUUGGUGCAAUGCUUAGUGCUGUUCAUGGUUUUAAUACAGGGAUUCCGUUUCUUCAAAACCGUCUUAAAGGACCAAAAUGGCUGUCUCUUAUAGUUGGGCUUCCUCCGUUGCUGCUGGUUUCAGGUGCUAGUGCCGCAUUUGGAGGUUAUGCACUUCCAAGAUUUGCUCAACUCACUGUAACAUCCUACUAUGCUGCCUCAAGUGCCUCACAUUAUGGGAUUUCACUCCUUACUCGACAUAUUGAAGAGGCUCACACAUCCCGGGUUCAGCAAGGAAGGAAAAGAUGAGUAUUCAGGUGCACACAUACUAUAGUAUUAACUUCAGUUACCUCAAUUUUGUUAGUGCUGUUAUAAUUGUUGGCAUAGAGGCAUGGUCUUGUAGGGGUGGAACUAUCUCCUUUAUAGCUUUACUUUUUUUUAGUAGUAGAUUUUCUAUACUUGGAAUUGACUUGAUGAGAAGUAAAUAUUGUAUUAAAGAUUACUUUUCAGUUUUCAGUGCCCUUUCAAUUAGUUCACUUGUAAAGGUUGAUACUGAUUAUUGAAAACUCCUUAACAUGUAUAUUUACUUGAGAAAUCUUUAAAGUGAUGCUAUUACUACUGUGUA